AUGAUUAUGUCACAUAAUUUUCAGGAGAAUGCCAGAAAAUUCCGGAGAACAAAAUUGCGGCAGAUAAGUUCUACUUCAAUUACUUCUUUAAAAGACAUCAGAAUGAACCGAACAUGCAUUAAUCAAGUUUCACUGGGAUUUGAACCAGCGUUCAGUUAUGCGCACGUUUCUCAUCACACAACUUUUUCUAGUACGUUUAGCCCUUGA